AUGACGGCUUCAACUUCAGUUUCAGAUGUCAUUAAUCCAACUUUGCGAGUUAAAGAUAAUAACAAACAUAAUUAUGAACAAAUUGAGGAAAAUUCCGAUGAACUUAACAUAAUGGUUGAAAAAUCAAAUACUUCGGAAGUUCAAUUAGAUUCUUCAAUUGCAUUGAUAUCGCAAAGAACCAAAACAACUGUACAUAAGAAUCUAUCAAAUCGAAGAUGGUUCGUUUUAGCAUCAUUUUCGCUUCUUUCGUUUUCCAAUGCGGUUCUUUGGAUCACUUUCGGACCAUGUCUUUACAUUUUCAUGGAUCAUUAUCAACAAACUCCAUCAACUAUAAACGCAUUAGCUACAGUAUUUAUGAUAGUAUAUCCUAUAUUCUUAGUCCCUAUCCUCAAAAUAUAUGACAAAUGGGGUUUACGACAGGGAGUUCUCGUCGGUGCAUUUUUAAAUGCUUUUGGAACUUUUUUAAGAUUCAUGGGUUCUUUUGGGCCAUCUGGGUUUUGGUUAUUAUUUUUGGGUCAAACAAUUGCAGCCAUUGCCGGAGUUUUUAUUUUGGGAGUUCCCCCAAAAUUAGCAAACACUUGGUUUGAAUUUGGGGAACAAAAUUUGGCAACCGGAAUUGGAGUUACUGCUAAUAAUGCUGGAAUUGCUGUUGGAUUUUUAUUAUCACCAUGGUUUAUUAAACAAGCCACGGCAAAGGAUGAUAUCCCCAAAUAUUUGUUAAUACAAUUUGGUUUCUGUUCACUUAUAUAUUUGAUCUGUGUUACUACUUUUACAGCCGAAUCCAAUUCAUCUCGAAGGAAACAAAGUCGUAAAUCCACGACGAUACUUUCGACAAUAAAUGCUUUCUGCUCAGAUAAAGUAUUUAUGUUACUUGCAUCAUCAUAUGGGUUAACCGUUGGGGCAUCAUUUGCUGUGAGCACUUUAUUAGCACAAAUUUCUCAAGUUGGAUUCUUGGGAUUCCUUAAUGUGGUAGCUGGAAUGGUUGGAUCUGUUCUAAUUGGAGUUUAUCUUGAUCGCACAUUCGCAUACAAACGAUCAUGUCGUACAUUAUAUAUGAUUGCAUUUCUUUCGCUAUUUGCCUUCAUUAUAGCUUUGAAGAUCAGAAGCAUGUCUUUACUAACAGUUUCAUGCAUGUUCUUUGGAAUAGCUUCCUUUGCGAUAACUCCGGCAAUAUUCCAAUAUGCGCCAGUAAUUACUUCCAGUCGUCUAGGAGAAGAUGAAAUCACAAGUACAGGAAUUCUAAAUUCUGUAGUACAAAUAUGGGGCAUCUUACUUGUUGCCAUGAUGGACACUAUUGAAAAUGUCAAUCAGCAAUUUACAAUGGAAUUGUCUUGUUGGUUGUUACUUGCCAUUGUAUUUAUAGGCUUAAUAUUGAUGUGGCUAGUUAAAGAAGACUAA